GCUCGCCGUCCUCUACGACGCGGAGCGGCUGGUCCUCCCUGUUCAUAGCUUGAAUGCACCAUUCAGCGUCCGCAAUCCUUUAUACGACUCCCCAGGAAGCUGCUCGUUGCAGCGCGGCUGCCGCCGCACUGUCGCCGGAAAGUUAUAGCCUAAACAAGGGAGAGCUGGAUAUUGGCACGUGUUCCGCUUCGCGGGGCGCGCGGCCGCAGCAUACCGCGGCGAUGGGCGGCGGCAGUCAUCAGGACGCUGCCGCGGGACCCGCUUCGACCACGGCUGCCUGCGCCGGCCGCACCGGGCGAAACCGCUCCGUCCCGCCCCAGCCCACACACCACACACACGCCGCCCCGCCCCACGCCACGCCACACACACACAGCACUCACUCCGACCCACGCAGAACACAAAGAUGUCCAUCAUCAUCGACGACGCGGGCGUCAACGGCGCUGACGGCAAGAACGUCUAUGUGGGCAAUUUGUCCUGGGAGACCGACGACGCCCAGCUCCUCGAGCUCGUGAGCCAGUACGGCACGGUGACGAGCGCUCAUGUGGAGACGUCGAAGUCCGGCCGCUCGCUCGGUUAUGGUCUGGUGGCCUACGCGUCGGAAGCCGACGCGUCGUACGCCAUCGAGCAGCUCGACGAGCUCGAGUUCGGCGGCCGCAAGAUCCGCGUGCGCGUCGACCGCGGCCCGACGGCGCCGAAGGCCAAGAAGGAGCGGGCGCCGCGCGAGCAGCGGCCGCGCCGCGAGCGCGUGCCCGACGAGGACAAGGUCGUCGAGCCGACGAAGGUGUUCGUCAUGAACCUCAACUUCGACACGACGGAGGACGAGCUCGCGGACCACUGCGCCUCGUACGGUUCGGUGGUCGCUGCUGAAUUACUGACGCGCGGCCGGAACAACCGCCCGUCGGGCUCGGCCAUCGUCGAGUACUCGGCGGACCACGAGGCCAAGGCGGCCAUCGCCGGGUUGGAAGGCCAGGAGCUCGGCGGCCGCCCGCUGCGCGUGCGCGAGUACUACUCCGCCUGAGCGUAGGCGAAAGGAGGGGGAGCGGCCCGCCGUGCCGAGGGCCCGUCGUCACAAAAGAGAGAGGUGUUUUUACGAUUAAGGAGGGAUGCUUUUUA